AUGAUUGUGUUAUUAACUAAUAAUCAAAUAAAAGAUAAUAAUUUAAUAAACUUUAUUUGUUUUUUGAAAAAAAAAAAAUUUAGGGUCAGUGAUUUUUUUUUUUCACUACGCUACUUAAAUCAAUUGGGUGAUAGUUGUGGUGGUAGUAUUGGUAUUUGUAGUGGUAGAGGUAUUCAUUCUUCUAAUGGUCUUGUUAGCUUAAUAAAAGGUAUAACCUUUGGAAUUGGUAGUAAUGAUUUUUUCGACUUUAAAAGAAAUAAGAAUUAUGCAGAUUUUGCAAAACACUUUGCUUCAAAUCCACAAAUUUACAAUAGUGAUAAAUUAGAUCACAAUGAAUUGUUUUUAUUAUUCACUACUGCUGUAUCAUCAUCAUCAUCAUCAUUUUCAUCUAAAAUUCCAAUUCACUUUGAAACAUUAAGAAAUUUAUUAAUUAAUGCAAAAGCUUUUGGAAGAAAACCAAUCAUUGAAAGAACAAAACCAACACCCAUACAAUGCCAUUAUUCAAAAGAAUAUUUAAAAUUUUUGGAUUGGAUGUAUAUAAAUUAUAAUAAUGGAAUUGAAGAUCAAGAUCAAUUCUUAGGUAUGAUUAAAGAAAGAUAUAAACACCAUUUACUUAUUACAAUUGAUAGAUUAAAUCUUAACAAUAACAAUUAUUUUGAUGGUAAUGAAGAAGGAGAUACAAUUUAUAUUGAAAGAUUAGGUUUCUUAACAAAUGAUGUCAUACGUUUCACCCCAUAUUUAUAUGAAAUUAAUAAUUUUAAAUUUUUAAAUUGGUUUUUAACAAUCAUUCAAAAACAUCACAAUUCUAUGCCAACAACCGAACAUCAUAUUUUAUGUAUUAAAGAAAUGAUUUACACAUUUAUGGAAUAUAUUAUAUCAAAUUCAAAAUUAGAAAUACUUGAAUACAUUCAUCAAAAUUUUCAUUUCAUUUUAAAUAAAAAAUCAAAUGGUGGAAUAUUAAAUAUUAAAGAUUUGAAAUCUUUUUUAAUUUCAUCACUUAAUAGAGGUUCAAUUAAAAUUUCUAAAUUCCUUUUUCAAUUCAUUACCAUCACUAAAAAUGAAUUUGAAAAAAAUUUAAAUGAAAAAACAAAAUCUUAUUUUAAAAAUAUGUUAGAAUAA